UAAAAACAGCAACAGCAAGAAACACGCAUAGAACUUUUCUCAUGCUGCGGCACUGUGCCAAGCACCCUCCCUGCGUCACCUCAUUAAAUGCCGAAAGGCCAGUACCCUAAUGUUUCCAUUUCACAGAUGAGGAAACUGAGGUCCAGGAAGUAUGAUCACUUACCCAACCAAGUCCCCAGCUAGUGGCUGAGCCAGUGUCCCAAUCCACUUAUGGUUUGAUUUCAGAGGGUGCACUCUUAACUCUAUACCAUUCUAUGGUCUCCCAGGGCGGCGCUGACGCACGCACACCUGCAGGGGGCGCCUUUCCCUCGGAGGCCCCGAGCGAAUGUGUCUGAGAAGGUUCUGUCUCCCCAGCACCCAGCCCGGUCUUCGGCCCAUGGCUCAUCGUAAGCGGUCGCCUGAGGGACCCAUGAAAUGGGUCCAUGAGGAUAUUAUUUCCUCUCUCCCUCUUAAUCUAAGGAAUGAGGCCAUCGCUGUCACUUAUUUAUUUGUUCCUUGUUUUGUUUUUAAAUCUGUGAUGCGCCAUCAGGAAAUCAUUUCCGCUUCUGCCCCUGGUGAGGCUCUUGGAAAUGCUCCCCUCUCAGCCAAUGGAGAGCACCGAUUCUGGCAGGGGGCUGUGCUUUUUGGUCAGCCCUGCCCCCAUCCACCCACCCUGCACACAAAAGCAGCAUAAUUAACUGUCUUAAGGAAGCCGAGCCUCCGCCAGCUGCGAGCUGGCAAGAAGAAAAUACCUCGGAGGCACGAGGACCAGGGACGCAGCCGCAGCCGAGCGAGGGGCAGCCGACCGCUGACUGCAAGCUGUUCCCCACCCGUGGACAAAAGCGCCCAUCCGCGCCCGUCGCAUUGCCCUGAGUGACCUUCCUUGGAUGCGGAGUCCGCGCCAGAGUGCAUCUUCCUCGGAUGCUCUGAAGGCGAGGGAUGCCCGGCUGCAUCCGCCCAAGGCUCUUCUUUGUUUGCGCGUAACCGGGAGAGGCCGCGGAGGUAGCCGGGACUCACGCGGAGGAUUCAUCCUUGCCUCAAGUCGGUGCCUCUUCCCAGCUCCCAUGGGGACCACUGAAGCCACGCUCCGGAUGGAAAACGUGGACGUGAAGGAAGAAUGGCAGGACGAAACUCUGCCCAGGCCACUCUCGGAAGAGACGGGGAUGGACUUGCUUGGAAGUGCCACAGAAGACACAUCCUCCCCUCCCAACACUCUGAACUUCAACGCGGCUCAUCGUAAGCGGAAGACGCUGGUGGCCCCCGAGAUCAACAUUUCCCUGGACCAGAGCGAGGGCUCCCUGCUGUCUGAUGACUUCCUGGACACCCCCGAUGACCUGGAUAUCAACGUGGAUGACAUCGAGACCCCAGAUGAGACCGACUCACUGGAAUUCCUGGGGAAUGGCAAUGAAUUGGAGUGGGAAGAUGACACCCCCGUGGCCGCCGCCAAGAAUAUGCCUGGGGAUAGUGCGGACCUGUUUGGGGAUGGCUCGGCCGAGGACGGCAGUGCCGCCAACGGGCGUCUGUGGCGGACAGUGAUCAUUGGGGAACAGGAACACCGGAUUGACCUGCACAUGAUCCGGCCCUACAUGAGGGUGGUGACCCACGGAGGGUACUACGGGGAAGGUCUCAACGCCAUCAUCGUCUUUGCCGCCUGCUUCCUCCCAGACAGCAGCUCCCCCGACUACCACUACAUCAUGGAGAACCUCUUCCUGUACGUCAUCAGCAGUCUGGAACUCCUUGUGGCCGAGGAUUACAUGAUCGUGUACCUGAAUGGUGCCACGCCUCGGCGGAGAAUGCCCGGCAUCGGCUGGCUGAAGAAGUGUUACCAGAUGAUUGACAGGAGAUUGCGGAAAAACCUGAAGUCCUUAAUCAUCGUCCACCCAUCCUGGUUCAUCCGCACCGUGCUGGCCAUCUCCCGCCCUUUCAUCAGCGUCAAGUUCAUCAACAAGAUCCAGUAUGUGCACAGCUUGGAAGAUCUGGAGCAGCUCAUCCCCAUGGAGCACGUGCAGAUCCCAGACUGCGUGCUACAGUACGAAGAGGAAAGGCUCAAGGCCAGGAGAGAAAGCGCAAGGCCGCAGCCAGAAUGCGUCCUGCCCAGGUCUGAAGAGAAGGCGGAGGCGGGGCUGGCGGAGGACAGGUCUGCUCUGGCCACAGAAGAUCAGGAAACAAGCAUGUCCUGAGGUGACGUGAGCACAGAGGAGGACACAAAAGAAGAUCCCAGAUGCCAGGAAACCUCUGUCGGACGCCCUCUGACCCUGGAUCUUGUCCCCACCUCAUCCUGAGUCACAGUCUCCGGGGGGUGUCCGUCUCCUCCAUCCAUGUCUGAAACCCAACAUCCUUUCCAGCUGCUUGAAAACUUUUUUUUUUAAUGAUGCAGUAUUAGUGCGUUCUGGAAAAGGACCCAGUUCUCCACCCUCCCACACUCAUGAGCUCAUGGCCAAGAAGAGCAAGAAGGGUUGAGCAUGGCCUGUGCGUCCUUGGUGGCCUCAGACACCCCCACCACCACUACACCACUGCACAGAAUCCUGGUCAGGACCCUUCUCUUGCUUGUCACCUGGUUCAGGUUGGAGCCACAGAUGCCCAUCGACUCCCUGGCCGGGUCUGGAUUCCUUCUUGUGCCUUUCCUGCCAGAACGGCCCUCGCAGCCCUGGGCAUCUGGCCUGGAAACUCAGCCCCCACCCCCAGCAGCGCCGUGCCCCUCGGGCACUGCCCAGCCUUUGAACUCACAGCUUUUCCUUUGAACAGCCCUUCCCUUGCCUCUUAUAACUUCCACCUUCUUAGGGAGCUUCGGAGCCCACAGCACCAGUGAGGGCCGCUGAUAAUCAUCCUUGUUCUACAGUUAUGAAAUCACAUCCCCCUCAAUCUAGAACAUUCUCAAGCCCCUUGAACGCAGAGGCCACGCCACAGGGCAAUCCCGAUCAAUACCUCCUACCGAGGGAAUGAGCCUCCCCACUUUUCUAAUCCCCCCGACAACACGGGGUUGAGAUGCGUCCCUUGGGCUCCCACCAGGAACAGAGGCCGAGAAACCAGUGCCGAAAUAAGCUCAUCCCAGAAACGCAGAUCGAGAAAAAGGAAGAUACAGGGUACUGAACGUUCGAGUGUUACAAAGGUCACUGGGGAGAAUAAAAACCAGCGGCCUGGAUGCUACGACCACCUGCAUUCAAAGGAAGCAGAUAUCCUUAGGACCAAAAAAAAAAACAUUUUUCUAAUGCAGUUGAAACGCCAGUCAGGUGGGUGCUAAAGGGAGUGAGUUCCCCAGCUCUAGAGGCAUUCAAGAAAAGGCUGGACGGUACUUGCACAAAGUGGCCCUCUGCGGUCCCCUCCAACCCUGAGAGUCUCUGUUUCUAGGAAUCUGAGCAAAAGUCGAGCAGGUGCAUCGUCCGGCCCCUCUUGCUGGCUCUGUAGCUGACUUCUUAGCGGUGUCAUCCAGGUUUGGUUGACCCUCCCUCCCCCAAUAAUUUCCCAGUAGGAGAUUCUUAGCCUCAAAGGAGAUGAUGAAUGCUUCACCUGGGACAUCAAGGGGGUGCGUUUGGGGUUAUCCCAACGGCAGGAGGGAGCCAGUGGCGAUCAGUGCUGAGCGAAAGGGACAGCAGUGCUUCCUGCAUGUCAAGGAAUUGUCCCACCCCAAAUGCCAGUGGCUCCUGCCUUGGAAAAUUCGGGGUUUCUAAGCAGCCUUGGGCCUGCAUCUUCUGGAACCCAGAAUUGCUCCUGUGAGGCCAGGGCAAUUGGGCGUCUGGUGGGGUUUUUUAAUUUGUGUUUCUCCUCUGUUUCCCAAAUGUCAAAUAAAGGACAGGGACCGUGUUCCAGGCGCAGAUGAGUUACCUGGAGCCUGAGGCAGGAGAGGCUGGUGGAUGGGCCUCUGCAGGCUGCCCUCCGAAAGGCCGCUCCAUCCUGGGCCCGCUUGUCCCCCACCCCUGCCCAGAGUGCCUCCUUUUCUAAAAGGUGCCUGGGCAUCUGCCAGGUCACCCCGAACUCCAGGUUCAGGUGGCUGGCUCUGCUCAGCUGAGAGGGACACGUGACCCGCGAGGCCCGCAAGUCCACAGUAAAUGCAAUAACUCCUGGAAAGCCAGUGCUCCACUGGAAGAGAAAAAGGAGCCCGGGAUAGGAACAGAUGCAUUCCACCUAACCCGACAAUUACUGAGCGGCUGCAGAGGCGACACAAGGACGAAAGAGGCAGACCCAUCCCGCCCUCAAGGAGCCUGCAGCAUAACAAGAAAUUCCAGCACAGACCCCCUGGUUCACCGUGGCCCACCGACCACCCCUCCGGACCACCAGCAGCCAUAGACAACGGGCAAGCGGAACCAAGGACCCCAACCCAACCUCACAGCCCCUCCAGAAUAGAGAGAGACCCCCGGGGUGGCUGUCUCCAGGUUGGCCACCUGUCCACAGGUGUGUGAAGUUCUGAGGCACAGCUCCGUCCAUACGGGGCCACUGUGUCCUCGGUAGCACCUAGGGCUGCCACCCACACCCUCUGAAAUCGGCUUUGCGAAAGAUUGGUAUCUGCGGGGCAGUUUUUUGGCUGAAAUGCAACGGAUGUCGAGCCCUCCUUGUAAAGGAACAUUGAGUUUUCUUCUUGUGACACAUGGGAUGCAUCAUAAGUCCCUCCCCAAGCCGUAGUUCACACACCCAUCCUUCCGACGGUGAGUUUUGUGGUUUUUAAAAACAAAAACAAUUCAUUCUGAUUACUGUCGUGAUAUGAAGGCAUCAUUUCCAUGAGCUUUGGGGGAUUUUUAUGUGAAAUAAACUAUCACUGAGAAGGGAGGUUUGUGACUUUUGUCCACGUCCAAGGGAUGUGGUACUGGUUUUGGCUGCGGUGCAGAGGGAGGAGCUUUCAUGGGAUGGGAGGGGGGCACAGCUCAAUGCCAAGCGACCUGGGGCAACCUUGGGUGACUUUGGGCCAUGGCCUAUCUCCUCUUGCUUCUAUCUCCCAUCUGCAGAACGGGACCCCCGGCUGGCUUCUUCCCGAGGCCCCUUUUGGCUCUGCCUGUCUGUGAUUCAGGUUCCUUUCCUGUCCCCAGUCUUCUCUGGAAUCAAACUUAGUCAACAGUUAAUAAUAAUAUUAAUUACUAGUAUUAAGCAAUUCUCCAAUCCCCGGCAGACACCAGCUGGGUAUCCUACAAUUUAUCUCAAUCCUGACACUACCGGUUCGGGCAGACCUUACAGGCUAAGGGUUCAGCCCCACAAGACGGCCCCGACUUCAGACACCAGUCAAUCUCAGGUCCUAGAAUAGGGUACAAUUCAGCAAUAGUCAAAUGGAAGAGAUGCACAAGGCGAGGUGUGGGGAAGGGGGCGGAGCUUCCACGCCUCCUCUGGGCACCCCCCCUCCCAGCACCUCCCUGUGUCCACCCACCGGAAGCUCUACAAAAAUUGUUUAGGGAUUUUCAUGGAGGCAUGAUGGAUUACACCACUGGCCAUUGAUGAAAGCUCCAUCCCUCUAAUCCCAGGGUCAGUGGGGUCCCCUGGCCACCAGCCCCGAUCCUGUGGUUACAGGGCGUUUCCAGAAGUCACCUCGUAGCAUAAACUCAGGUGUGGUUGAAAGGGCUUGUUAUGAAAGCAAAGGAUGCUUCCUUCAUCUUUAUUAUCUGGAGCCAUUUCAGACACAGAGGACAUAAGACCAAAUAUUAUCAUAAAAGGGACUUCCCUGGUGGGCCAGUGGUUAGAACUCCACGCUUCCAUGGCAGGGGGCACGGGUUAGAUCCCUGGUCGGGGAAGUUCCACAUGCUAUGCAGUGUGACAAAGAAAAAAAAUUUCCAAAAAAAAAAAAUGUAUAUAUUAUAACAAAAGAUGUUCCCUCUUCUGACGUAGGAAAUUACAAAGGUUUCAGGGGCUGUGUGCCGGGAACUGGGAACUAAGUCCAACUAUGUUUCCUAUUAUAAAUCAUAAUAUCACAAUAAUAAUAAUAUCAGUAGCAGUAAUAAUAAUAGUCUGAGUCCAACCUAGCACAGGCCGCAUGUUACUGAGAGGGGGGUCUGAGGCAGAGAGAGGGUAUGUGGCUCACCUGGGGUCACCCGGACCCUGAGUGAUUGGUCUGAGGUCUGAUUCUGUGCCACCCCCGGCCACCCCAUCGCUUGGCUGGAGACCCUCUGCCAGCUGCAGGACAUUGGGGGCUGUGCCCCUCAAAGGGUCAGAGUGGACCCUCCCAUGUCAGGUACAAGAGGAGUCCUCCCGUUGUCCCUGCCCAGGAUUUUGGGACCUGCUGGUGGCAGGGAUGCCAGGACAGGUGUGAGGUCCAUACAAAGUCACCAUCAGGUUGCUGGCGGGAGCUGGCAGGUGCCAGCCCACCUGCCUCUGCCAUCCUGCCCCUCUGAUGUCCAGUGAGGUGCCCUUCACGGAGAAGGUCGCUUCACGGGGGCUGGGAGGGGGCCUCAAGUAGAGGGGGGCGAGCUGGCAUGAAGGCGGUGAGGAAGAGGUGUUGAAGAUAGCAGAGCUGGUGCUGGGAUCAGGGGGUGCCCUCUUUGGAGGGGAUGGACCUGCCCCUCUUUCCCACCCCACCAAGUCUCUGAUUAUCCUAAGGGGGUUCUUGCAAACCUCAUUCAUCCAUUCGUUCAUCCAUUUGCUGAGCACUGGGGAUCCCGUGUGGCCCAAGCACCUCUUAUGUUGCUCCCAGCCCAGUGGGGGAGUUUGACACGGAACCAGGGCCUCACUGGGGACCAGGAGGAAAGUCCAGGAAGGGUCCCUGGAGGGAGGGUCCUUGGUGACUGGAGACCAGAGAGAGAAGUAGCAAUUAGCUAGGCCAACGGGCGGGAGGAGAGGUGUCCCCGGCGGAGGGCUCAGCAAGGGCAAAGUCCUGGAGCCAGACAGAGCUGGGUGAACCAGGAGCAGGAAAAUGAAGGGCGGCUGGAGUGCAGGGUGGGUGCUGGGGGGAGAUUUUUACUAUUAGUGGCAUUCAGCACAUUCACAACGUUGUGCAGCCAUUACCUCCGGUCCAGAGCUUUUCCAUCCCCCAGAA